ACUUUGACAGAACACAUAUGAUUUACAUUUACAUUAUGGUUUGUUCAUGUUUUACGUCCAAAAAAGCACUUAAUAGUGAUAAGCGAUAUAAACAGAAAUAACUUUCUUUUGGUCUGUAAUACCAAAGAUUAACCUCUUUGGUAAUACACUUAUCAGAACAUGAAAAGGUUUGAUGUCCAAACACUGGAACAUAACCAUAAAACACCUAAGCUGGAAGAUAUAAAUAAAAGUACUCCCCAGAGUUGAAAUUUUUGGUGAACUUAUAUUUCCACUUUAUUAUUAUGAAGGCCAACAACGCCAACGAUCUUAGUGAUGGAGAGGUCUCUGAUCCAGAAUCUAAUCAUUCGAAUUCAAGUAGAGACGAUGGAGGAAGAGAAUCUAGUGAAGAUGUUGGUGAUUCGAGUGAUAGUUCCGAAAUGGACGAAAGUGAAUGUGAAGGUAAAAGAUCACGGCUAUCCCAACAUGUCCAGGAUUUGGAAAGCCAAUUCACUCAUCUACGAGAGCAGUUAUACCAAGAACGUCUAGCUCAAGUUGAACACCAACUUGUUGAAGUUAAGGCUGGAAGAUCACCAGAUUAUCUGAAUCCAUUGGAAGAAUUACAGAAAAAUAUGAGUAUAAGAAUUGAAGUGGCAGGAAUUCUACGACAAUACAAAAUUCAAAAUGUAAAAAAUCAGUUUGAAGCUGAAGAACAAGCAGCUGAACAGAACUUUGAAAGUGAAAAGGGCUUAGCAUAUGAUUUCUUCUUUUCGGAAUUAAUGGACACAAUCCGGAGCUUAGAAGAAGAUAGACAUAACUGUGAGCUAAGUUGGGGUGAAGGUGGUGAGUGGUGUUCAAGGCCUAGAUCUAGAUCGCGAAAGAAGGCAGUUACAGUUUCUGGACCUUAUAUUGUUUAUAUGUUGAAACCCCAAGAUAUAAUGGAGGACUGGACAUUAAUUAGAAAAGCUAUUAAACGUACAGCAUAAGGUUUUAAA